AUGGCGGUUGAAAUGAUUGUCGAGCCCCAAUGGGUCGUGAAGAACUUUGGAAAUGUUCGUAUUCUUGACGCCACGUGGACAUUCAAGCCGAAGCCGAGCGUCGCCGAGUACGAGGCGAAAUACAAGGGCAAAUUUGGUGUGGCGAUGAACGAGCUGAAGAACGCCGAGUACUUCGCCGAGCACAUCAACGGCGCCGCGCACUUCAAUUUCGACAUCGCCUAUUAUCCGACGGACAAUGAGCGAUUCGCGUUGUACGAUCCGGAGAACUUCUCCAACUAUGUGAAGCGUCUCGGCUGCUACAAUGGCGAUCACAUAAUUAUUUAUGCGCGCGGCAAGGAUGGCGGCGUCGCGAACGCGGCGCGUGCCUAUUGGACGUUUCGAUAUUAUGGCUACACGACGGUCAGCAUUAUGAAUGGCGGUCUCGAGCACUUCAAAUUGAUGCAGGGCGUCGUGCAGAGCGGCGAGAAUAUGGUCUCGUUUGGCAAUUUUGAGGUGAAAACGACGGACGCGAGCAUUUUGGCGAAGCUCGCCGACAUUCCGUUUGACAAUCUUGCCAGCGUCAAAUAUCUCGACGCGAGAACCAAGGAGGAGUGGAGCGGCAAGGUGCCGAUUGGCUAUCCGGAAUCGACGGCCACUGGCGUGCGCUGCAAAGACGCGAUUCAUUUUCCGUUGAGCGAGGUCAUCGGACCCAAGGGAUUCAAGAAGAAGACGGAAUGCGACGCUGCGUUUGCCGCCAAGGGCAUCAAGACGGGCGACACGGUGUUCACCAGCUGCGGCAUUGGCAUCAGCGCGGCCGCGCUUUGGGUGGCGGCGGCGAGAAGCGGCAUUUGCGCCAAACUUUAUAAUGGUGGUGUUCAUGAGUUGGCGCUCAAGGCGCCGCAACAUCUUAACACCAAGUAG